AUGGCUCCAUCUACUAAGGCUACUGCUGCCAAGAAGGCUGUUGUGAAGGGUACCAAUGGUAAGAAGGCCUUGAAGGUGAGAACCUCGGCUUCUUUCCGUCUACCUAAGACUUUGAAGUUGGCCAGACGUCCAGCUUACGCUUCCAAGUCUGUCCCACACUACAACAGAUUGGACUCUUACAAAGUCAUCGAGCAACCAAUCACUUCCGAGACCGCCAUGAAGAAGGUGGAAGACGGUAACACUUUGGUUUUCCAGGUUUCUUUGAAGGCCAACAAGCACCAGAUCAAGAGUGCCGUCAAGGAAUUGUACGAGGUCGACAUCAGAUCCGUCAACACUUUGGUUAGACCAAACGGUACCAAGAAGGCUUACGUUAGAUUGACUGCCGACUACGAUGCUUUGGACAUUGCCAACAGAAUCGGUUACAUCUAA